CUCUGCAAACAUCCGGUUCCCACAAAAUGGAAAUACGAUUGCAACAAUGUUUCGACACACAGCUUUGACGCACGUAUAUUCUUGCUCAAACGUGACUGCGUGUUUCUCCGCACAUUGCGCCCGUACUGCGCGGAAAGACGAAGGCAUGUCGUGCGAGUAGUCCGCCCCCGGUGCCCGGCGUCUCUUCGGCUGGUGAAGCGGCUCGUUCCUCGACAGAUGGAGGAGGGCAGCCUGGUCUCCUGCCGAGAGGACAUCUCUUCGCUGUUUCCAGAGCAAACGCCGUGUGCCAAAUACAAAGAUUUAAGCGGUCAGUUUUCCACCGUCAGACAAGUGCGCGGAGAUGGAAACUGCUUCUACAGAGCGCUGUGCUUCGCCCACCUGGAGUCGGUGCUGCACAACGCCAGGGCUUUGCAGAGAUUUAAGGAGACAGUUGUUCGCACCUAUGAGGACUUUUCUUCUGCGGGAUUCGACGAGACGUCCUUCAAGCAUCACCUGAACACAGUCGUCGACGUGGUGGAGCGGUGCCAGGCUGACGAGCAGGAAGACACGCUGCUCCGGCUGUUCAACGAGCAGAUGACGUCCGACAGCGUGGUGCAGUACCUCCGGCUGCUCACCUCAGCCCACCUGCAGAACCAGGCCGAGUUCUUCUGCAACUUUGUGGAGGCCCCCAACCUCCUAGUCUACUGUCAGCAAGAAGUGGAGACCAUGGCGAUGGAGUGUGAUCACGUGGACAUCCUAGCUCUGUCCCAGGCCCUGGAUAUUUGCAUCCACAUUGUUUCCAUGGAGGGCGAUGAACAGCAGGUGGCUCACCAUGUCAUUCCAGAAGGCGCCGAACCCUCCCUGCACCUCCUCUACCAAACGUCACAUUAUAACAUUCUCUACCCGCGACCUCAACACUGACCGGAGACCCACGAGGACUCUGCUUCACUCAGGAAAAGUGACACUGGUGGAAUAAAAAUCCCCACUGGGCUUUGAGACACUUCCCAAAACAGGUUUAUAUAAAGUCUUGCAGUGUACAGCGGGUCAACAUUUGCAAUUACAUUUUGGGUUUUUGCACAUUGUGCAAUAAGUAUUUGAACAAAUCGAAAUGAAUUCAUGAAAACCCAUUUACGUGACAUCAACAUUCACACAAAGCGUGUCAAAGAUGGCUUCUCUAAAAACACACAUUCCAUCAACAUGUCACUGCUGCUGCUCCUUUUUCCGCUGCUGCGCACCCGCUUUCUUCUUCAACUUCCGUUUGUCCUCCUGGGUCGAAAGACUGGUGAGGGCAUUUCCCCUCCCACCUACGGGCAGGUGAGGCAUGGAGAGCCUUCCCAUUUGAGUGGGGUACUUGGACUUAUUCAUAUUCCUGAAUACCGGCUGGGAGAUCAGAUGCUUCAGAUGCUUUUUCAUCCCUUUCACCGCCCUCUGCUGCCCUCGGUCACCACCGUCGUCGUCGUUUCCUCUGCCUGCGGACAUAAGAUGGUAUACUCAGUUGUCUGUAUUGGAACAAUUUUAAAUAAAGUGAAACCUGGUGCAGAACA